AUGGUUCACGUACAGGGAGCGCACGGCUCUGAUGCCCUCGUUCAGGUCUUUGGAGGUGUUUCUGGGGUGGAUAAAUUUGGACGAGAGUGGUUCGAGUCACAACUGGAGGCGGAUGCCGCGGUUGCGUACGAUCCUUCCACGGUGCUGCUUGUGCUCCAGUUCGCGUCGACAUCCGCUGGUUUCUGGUUGCUGAGCGGCGAUGCCGGGCUGCUUUCUACGCAGCUGCAAACUGAGAGCGUUCGAGUUUCGGUGACGUGUCAAGCGCAGCAGCGGGUGCUGGAAUGGUACCUGGCUCGGGUGCGAGCUAGCACGAAUGCGACACUAGCAACCUGGGUUCUGGCCGGACUGGAGGCUGGCAAGGCCGUCGCAGUUUACGCCGCAGGGAGCCGGUUGGGAAGCGCGAGUACAAGUGAAGCACGCGGUUUCGGAUUUCCGCUACAAAUUGCGAAUAAGUGGUUUCUCGCAGCGGCUGGCAGUCCGGCUAGAGUAGGUCCGCUCACAAGCUAUCUACCGGGAAACACGCGAGCCCAGGACAGCUCCGGACUCGCUGAUGGCGACAGUGUCGUAGAUGCCGAAGGCAUCGCGCUUGUUGGUGAAACGGCCGGCGUGCUCGCUGUACGUACGAGAGCCACAGGUGAACAGAGCAACACUGGGCACCGCCACUGCCGUAUGGUCGCCGCUUGCCACUGCAUUCCGCAUGCGGGGCUUUUUCGGGUGAUCGAGUGCCAGGAGGACGCCUCUGGUGAAGCCUUUCUGCUAACUGACUGGAUAGAGCGGGCUCUGGUGCGGAGCGGAGCACGAGAGCUUGUCCUCCAAGACGGCGAUCUUGCCGAAUAUGAACUUCACCAGUUGGACGCUGCCCUCGAACGGAUUGGCGGCAUCGCUCGCGCCAUGCUCCGCCCAGUGCGCCGUGGAGGCCUAGGCGCCGAGCACGACCUUCGGUGGCUUGUUGCUGAAUCCGAAACUCCCGACUCAUGCCAACGUGACGAUGACGCUUGGCGACCCGAGGCACUAACGCUUGAUGAGAUGUUCUCGAUGAAACUAGCAACAGAUUGCGCGCACAUGUGCGUCAGGUUUCUUGAUUUGGGUCAGCGCGUUGGUGAACGGGGUCGCUACCGCAUUGAGCAGCUCGCUUGGAGACAGAAUCUCCAGCUCGACGCUGCUGCCUUGAAGGCACUCCAUGUGCUUUGGGGCGAUGAAACCGGUCCGGCAUCGCCGUCGAGUCCUCCACCGGGCUCCCUCUGGUGCCUGCUUGACCGGUGUCGAACACCGAUGGGCUCGCGACUGCUGCGAACUGCCCUGAUUGAACCGCUGGGUAACCGCGAAGCCAUCGAACGACGGCUCGAUCUGGUGGAGCUCCUGGUCCAUGAUGUUAUCGCGCGACAGCGACUCGCUGAUUAUCAUCUGAAAGGAUUCGCGGAUCUCAUCACCAUAGCGCGGCGACUUGCGCGAGACAAAACAUCGCUGCGACAACUGGUGCGCCUCUAUCAGAGCCUGGUGAGACUGCCGGCCUUGCGCUCGGAACUGGAAGAUCUGUUGCUGGCGCACACAGAGACCCGUCCCCGGUGUUGUCAAGUGCUUCGGAGCGAUAUUGCUGAUCGAUUGGCGGCAGUUGCACCAGCAGCUCAGGAAUUUAUCGAAGAUGUGGAGCGUUUCAUCGAUUUGGAGCGCAUUACAAACCACGAGUACUUGCUGCGACCGAGCAUGAGCACUGAGAUGACCCAGAUCCGUGGGGAAAUGGACACUUGUCUUGAAGAAAUGAAUCGGACGUAUCAGCAGACGAUAGCAGCGCUCCAGCAAGAUGACGGCGUGCGUGGAUCUGGCGGUGACUGGCUCAAACUAGAGCGCAAAGACGGACUCGGAUUCUGCUUUCGGGUGACGCGCAAGGAUGAAGUUUGCAUUCGCGGCAAAGAAUCCAUUACCGUCCUUGAAACGCGCAAGGACGGUGUUCGGUUCACAACGAGCGCUCUUCGGCGCUGGAGUAGCGCGUACACCGCCGCGGAGCAACGCUAUGUGGCGGUGCAGCGCUCCACAUUGGCGCAAGUGUUUGGACACUUUGCCAAAUAUGCGUCCAUGCUCGAGGUUCUCGGCCACGUCCUUGCGCUUCUGGACAUGCUCGUCGCAUUUGCGAUGAUAUCAGCGGAGCGUCAGUUCUGUCGCCCGCGACUAGUUGAAUCGGACGAAUUCGAAGCGCACGAAAGCAGCGGCGUCAUUUUGCGAGGCCUCCGCCAUCCCCUGGUGGAACUCGCGCUCCAAGGCGAGCACACUUUUGUCGCCAAUGAUGUGGUGCUCACCCAUCCGAGGCGUCUGCUCCUGAUUACCGGCCCCAAUAUGGGCGGCAAAUCGGUAACGCUGCGCUCGGUCGGACUCGCCGUGCUCAUGGCUCACUGCGGUUGUUUCGUGGCCGCCGACGCUGCCUCGUUACCCGUAGUUGACCGGAUCUUGGUGCGUGUCGGUGCUGGCGAUAUGCAAACCCGCGGCAUCAGUACCUUCAUGGCCGAGAUGCUCGACAUGUCGACCAUUCUUCGGCACGCCACAUCGUCCAGUCUGGUUCUGGUCGACGAGCUUGGACGCGGAACGAGCACAGCUGAGGGCUUCGGCCUCGCUGCCGCCUUGUGUGAAGCGCUGGCGUCGCGCGCUUCAUGGACGCUCUUCGCGACCCACUUUCAUGAGCUUACCAAGCUUGCCCAAGGAGCCUGGAGCCAUCGGAUGCUGAACGCCCAUGUCGCCGUCGCUCAGGUGCAUCGCGACAACGACGACAGCGAAAUCAAUGACCGCGGCAGAGGCACUCCCGCUGCCAGCCUUGUCUUUCUCUAUGAACUACGCCCGGGACCGAGCGAAAGAUCCUUUGGUAUCCAUAUUGCUGAAAUGGCUGGAUUCCCGCACCCUGUCAUCGAUAUGGCGCGUGCCAAAGUCAGCGCCCUAGAGAACACUGACGCUUGA